GCAAUCGACCUCAAGUACGUGAUUAAAUUCCCCUCCAUGGUCUCAACAAUAUACUGUCGCACUAAUAUCACAAAAGCCUUUUAGUAGAUUGUAGCAAUUGGUACCUUUCUUUGGGGAGUUGUCGGACCGGGGUCAAAAAAAGUCGAGUCGCAAGUCGUCCCAAACUAUGUACUUUGAUUGGUUUUAUUACAGCAUUGCUGUAGUCUUUCGCCAUCCAGUGGUCUUCCUAUGAAUACCGUAACGUCCAGCGCACAAUCGAUGGUGGCGCUAUUGAGGCCAGUGUCACAUACAAUCAUGAAAGCCUCUAUUAUUUGUUCACCUCGUUGGCCAUCGACUUAUAAUAUUCGCAUCGGAAGAUCUAUAUCCCCAACAUCUAGCGUGGCAUCUGGCUUUGUUGACCAAGCGGGUAUAGUCUUGACAUUUGGCGAAGGAACACUGGUUCUGGGCAUCCAUGUUAGCAUUGUGGGUCCUGGAGGACAAGACUUGAUGGACGAUGUUGAUGGCUUCACUCUUGUAUACUCUGGGUUGAGCUGACUUCUCUUCGACUUUUUGAUUGAUUAUUCACCAAGAUUAUUAUACAUCAUCGGGAAGCUUCCUGGGCAUCAACCUAUUGGAUUUUUCCAGCGGCUGGCCGGUGGUUGCUUGAAUUUGGCUUCCUUCCCUCCGCCUCUGGAUAUCAUUUCAUUUUCUGUAUACUUCUCGCCGUUCUUUAG